AGCCUCCGCGCUCCCUCCCGCGCUGCACCCACCGCGCGGCCGGGGCUGCCAUGGCAACCCUACGCAGCCGCCGCCUCUUCACGCACGUCGCGAACUAACGGACUCGGCGGCGGCGGCGGCGGCCUGCGCCCCACCCCCAACCCAUCUGGACCGCAUCGCCGGCUGUGCCCGGACCUGCGCCUUCUAGGUCUCUGAAAGAAGAUGAAUUUGGCUGAGAUUUGUGAUAAUGCAAAGAAAGGAAGAGAAUAUGCCCUUCUUGGAAAUUACGAUUCAUCAAUGGUUUAUUACCAGGGGGUGAUACAGCAAAUUCAGAGACAUUGCCAGUCAGUCAGAGAUCCAGCUAUCAAAGGCAAAUGGCAACAGGUUCGGCAGGAAUUAUUGGAAGAAUAUGAACAGGUGAAAAGUAUUGUCAGCACUUUAGAAAGUUUUAAAAUCGACAAGCCUCCAGAUUUCCCUGUGUCCUGUCAAGAUGAACCAUUUAGAGAUCCUGCUGUUUGGCCACCCCCUGUUCCUGCAGAACACAGUGAGAUGGAACUGAAGACUUACAAAGCAGAGGCACACUUCCUGUGGACAGGGGCCCUGCCACAGACAACACAUCUGCUUCUUGAGCAGUUUCACUCAGACCAUUUAGGAGCCCAUCAGAAUAUUGAGUGGCAGGACAAGUUACUGACUAGUACUUUUUUUUAUACCUCUCCCCAGGGAAGGAAGAAUAUGCAAGAUGGUGCAAGUGACGGUGAAAUGCCAAAAUUUGAUGGUGCUGGUUAUGAUAAGGAUCUGGUGGAAGCCCUUGAAAGAGACAUUGUAUCCAGGAAUCCUAGCAUUCAUUGGGAUGACAUAGCAGAUCUGGAAGAAGCUAAGAAGUUGCUAAGGGAAGCUGUUGUUCUUCCAAUGUGGAUGCCUGACUUUUUCAAAGGGAUUAGAAGGCCAUGGAAGGGUGUACUGAUGGUUGGACCCCCAGGCACUGGUAAAACUAUGCUAGCUAAAGCUGUUGCCACUGAAUGUGGUACAACGUUCUUCAACGUUUCCUCUUCUACGCUGACAUCUAAAUAUAGAGGUGAAUCUGAGAAGUUAGUUCGUCUGUUGUUUGAGAUGGCUAGAUUUUAUGCCCCUACCACGAUCUUCAUUGAUGAGAUAGAUUCUAUCUGCAGUCGAAGAGGAACCUCUGAUGAACAUGAGGCAAGUCGCAGGGUCAAGUCUGAACUGCUCAUUCAGAUGGAUGGAGUUGGAGGAGCUUUAGAGAAUGAUGAUCCUUCCAAGAUGGUUAUGGUAUUGGCUGCUACUAAUUUCCCGUGGGACAUUGAUGAAGCUUUGCGAAGAAGGUUAGAAAAAAGGAUAUAUAUACCUCUCCCAACAGCAAAAGGAAGAGCCGAGCUUCUGAAGAUCAACCUUCGUGAGGUCGAAUUAGAUCCUGAUAUUCAACUGGAAGAUAUAGCCGAGAAGAUUGAGGGCUAUUCUGGUGCUGACAUCACUAAUGUUUGCAG